CGGAGUUUUAUAUUAUGCUUCAAUAUUGAUAGAAAAGUCUAUCACAACCCUCUUCCUUUCGUGCAUGAAAAUCUCAAUGGCUUGUUUGUAUUAGAUGGACAUUAACAUAUGUUACCACGUCGCCGGUGUCGGAUGAAGCUUUCCAUCCUGCAGCAAAAACAAAACAUCCUUAACAUUUUCUUUGUGCGGUGCUGAUCUAGGAUUCUACAACUUGCAGUUGGAAGGUGGACUGCACAUUCUUGGUAUUCCGAGCACGAUGGAAGAACAUGAAGACUUUCCAAACGACUUAUUGGUGAAAAUUUUUGUGAGAGUUCCUUAUCCUGAAAUUCUCAAAGUGCGACUCUUAUCCACAGAAUGGAACAGGAACUUUCGAACUUUGGUGAGUCAGGCAUGUCACACAUGGCCCACGUAUUGCCCUCUUUUUACUGUGACGGUCAUGUCGAGAUCAGUAAGGAGAAGAAUUGGUGAUACUUCAACUCUGUACAAAAUUGGAUACGAUUGUGCCGAAGGACACUUCAGACUUUUGGGGCAAAUAAAUCGGUCUAAGGGAAGAGCAUACACUAGAUCUUACUCAAGUCGUUGCGGAGCUUUGCUUGUUCGGGUGGUGUUUCAAAAACACAGAGCACUAGCAACUGUCAUCAACCAGGUGACAUGCCAGAGAAACCGUGUUUGGUUCUCUAACUUGGAAGUAGGAUGGGUUCAGCCCAUGGUAUUUUCUGUGGGAGCUGAUCACUAUGAAAUAGUCAUCUGUCACUACUCAAGGAUUUCUCCCGUGAAAUUCUCCGUCACCGUAUACAAAUCCGUCUCCAAAGACCAUACAACGAGGUCAUUCAUCUUUGAACGCGACUUCAAUGAAUGGUUUUCCCCAGAUAGAAUAUUUGCUUACGAUGAUGGCGUUUUGUAUCUUCCAAAGCCCUUCUUUAGAGAUUUUGAGGCUAUACAGGUUUUGCAGUUGAACAUGAAGAAUGGAGCUAUGAACGAAAUCACGGUCGGGCCGUUUUCUUAUCCCACGUGUACGGAACUCGCUGUGCUUCUAUGUGGUUCCAGGGUAAUGUGCGUAUUGGUCGACAGAGCGUAUGAACAAACUAUAGCGAGUGUAUAUCAUGUUGUUCCGGUCUCCUCUGAGUCUAUCCUCCUCUCCACCUGGCAGAUAGAACAUUUCUCAAUCCGAGAGAAGGUGGACAAAAUAAGGUUUGCCUCAAAUCGUAGUUCCAUUUUCAUCACAGAGUGUAAUAUCCCUGUAAAUAGAGGUUCAGAAUUUAGAGAGUGGACGUUUAAUUUCAGAAGUAGAACAGUGUGUUAUGACGUGGACGCUAACAUUUUGACUUCGAUUGACACCCCCUUCUGCCAAUACUCUUCUAAAGAACGUUUGGAGGUGGAAUCUUGUGUUUUUGAACCUGGUCUAAAUCCACUUGCUUCCCCGUGAAGUACUUUGAACUCAAGCCCAGCCAUCAGUUUAGAUGAAACCGACAAAGUUCACUCACCACUUGACUUGGUGGCAGUACCUCCGCUUGCUGAUGCAGAUAGUUUAUGGGAAUUAAGAAUCGGGCUGUACUGGAAUCUAGAUACUGAGUACAGUUUCUCUGUUAUGAGCAAUCAGCAUGUUAACUAGAUAAUAAGUACAGCAUCUCUGUUAUGAGCUAAGGUUCUCCGCUUUAUUUUCAGAACGUGCUCACGUGCAAUUAAUUUGAUUCCACCGG